AUGGCUCCCUACGUUCUGACACCUACCUCGGAGCAAGACCACAUGAUGGACGGACGCGAGUAUCAUCCAAUAGACGGGAGCUCGUCGGGUGGCGAGGCUACCCCCACGUCUUCAGCUUCCGGUGCAGAAGCCUUCAACAACGGCCCAACUGUAACUGCCACCGUUAGCACCGACAAUCAUCUGAACGCUCAAGAGGUCACCACUGAUGACUUGGACCUGGCAUCUUCGCUUCCAAGUAUGAAGUACGAAGACGCAUACACACAUGGCUACAAAGAUGGGUACACCUGCGCCCACGUCGAAUUGAAGCAUCAACCUAUCGCCAUCAUUGGAAUGUCAUGCCGCCUCCCCGGGAGCGUCAGCACGCCAGAUGAAUUCUGGGAACUUCUCGCACGCUCUCGUACUGGCUUUUCCAAGAUUCCAUCUUCCAGGUUCUCUGAUAAACGCUUCUUCCACUCAAAUCCGGGAAAAAGUGGUGCUACAAAUGCUCGGGGCGGCAACUUUCUCACCCAAGACCUUGCCGCGUUCGACGCCCCUUUUUUUGGGUUUACCCAGCAGGAAGCGAUCAGUUUGGACCCUCAGCAGCGGUUGCUCCUCGAGUGUACAUUCGAAGCACUAGAAAGUGCGGGCAUCCCUAAGCACAACGUUGUCGGCACAGAUGUAGGAGUCUUUGUAGGAGGUACAUUUUCCGAAUAUGAGGCAGACCUGUUCCGAGACCCGGAUACUAUUCCAAUGCACCAAGCAACAGGCUGUGCCAUGGCUAUGCAAUCAAAUCGUAUCUCGCACUUUUUCGACCUCAGAGGCCCCAGUUACACUGUAGACACAGCAUGCUCAUCGAGUCUAGUUGCUCUUCACAAUGCGUGUCAAAGUCUGCGUACUGGCGAAUCGAGCAUGGCAUUAGCUGCCGGUGUUCAUUUGAACAUGCUUCCGGAGUUUUGGAUCUCGUAUUCGAUGUCGCGACUCUUCGGAGAAGAGGGCCGUUCGUUCGCCUUCGAUCAGCGAGGGACAGGCUAUGGUCGUGGGGAGGGAUGCGGUAUGGUCCUUCUGAAGCCACUCGACCAAGCAAUCAAAGAUAAUGAUCCAAUUCGCGCUGUCAUCACAGGCACUGGUAUCAAUCAAGAUGGAAAGACGCCUGGCAUCACCAUGCCCAACGGUGCAGCACAAGAGGCACUUAUACGUUCUGUCUACAGCAACGGAGGUAUGGACCCUCGCGACACGGGCUAUGUCGAGGCCCACGGGACUGGCACGCGUGUGGGCGAUCCUAUCGAGGUAGGGGCUCUCCAUAGAGUCUUCGGAGAAGGCAGAAAUAAGCGGAAACCGCUGUUCAUUGGGUCAGUAAAGUCAAACAUCGGUCAUCUCGAAGCAGCUGCCGGCAUUGCGGGCGUGAUAAAAACUGCACUCAUGUUGGAACGUGGCUUCAUUCUUCCCAACUACGAUUUCAAGCACCCCAACGAGAACAUUCCCUUCGAUGAAUGGGGCUUGAAAGUUGCCACUCGCCAACAACCUUGGCCUCUUGGUAAGCGAUGGGCAAGUGUCAACGGAUUUGGUUUCGGGGGAACGAACGGACACGUUGUUAUGACUAGAGGUCCUCUCGAACGUAGGAAGAUGAAAGACGAGGUUGACACACAUACGUGCGAACGCUUGUUCGUGCUGUCAGCUAACGACAAAAUAAGCACGGAAAAAGCCAUGCAGAGCCUAGGCAUCUACCUCGAACAACGACCAGAGAUCUUCCAAAACGACCUUUUGAGCAACCUGGCUUACACCCUUGGUCAAAGAAAGAGCUUCCAUCCAUGGCGCAUUGCUGUAACAGCGUCAUCUGGAUCCGACCUUGUCGAAGCAUUGUCCAGUGGGAGGAUCGUCCCAUGCAAACAGGAGCCGGAAACGCUUCGCUUAGGGUGGAUCUUUACCGGCCAGGGUGCGCAAUGGUGGGCCAUGGGCAGAGAGCUAUACGAUCUGUAUCCGGUAUACGCUUCCUCCCUCAAGAGUGCCGAUAAACACCUGACCUUAAUCGGCGCCGAAUUCUCUCUUCUGGAAGAGCUUGGGAAAGAUGAGAGUUCGACUCAGGUCAAUGCGGCGUAUCUAUCCCAACCCGCAUGCACGGCUGUCCAACUUGCACUUGUGGAUCUUCUGCGAUCCUGGGGUAUUCGACCUGCCGCUGUGGUAGGCCAUUCAUCCGGUGAGAUUGGCGCAGCCUAUGCGGCGGGCCUCAUCACAUUCAGGGAUGCCAUGACGAUUGCCUACCAUCGAGGUCGUCUUGUACCGAUUCUGAAAAAGAAUUUUCCGGCCCUCCAAGGCUGCAUGAUGGCGGUUGGAGCCAGCACGGCACAAAUCAUGCCUUUACUUGAUCACAUUUCUCCAUCCCUUGGACAAGCGCGGAUCGCGUGUAUCAACAGUCCCUCUAGUGUUACGAUUUCUGGAGAUGAGCGCGCUACCAUGGAGCUACAAGCACUUCUUGAGAACAAAUACCCAGGGAUGUUUGUGAGGAAACUCCAAGUCGACACUGCCUAUCACUCCCACCACAUGGACUUGGUUGCGAAAGAAUACACGGAAGCCCUUCGUGAGAUUGAGUCUCCAAUGUCUUCCAACAUACGCUUUCAUUCUUCGCUCCUCGGUCGAGUUGCUACUGGCGCAGAGCUCGACGCUACUUACUGGGUGCAGAACUUGACCUGUGCGGUCCGAUUUGACGAAGCUCUGCAAAGCAUGUGCGAGCCCGUGCAUGACUUUAAAACAGGUGUCAACUUCCUGUGCGAACUAGGCCCACACGCUGCUCUUCAGGGUCCUGUCAAGCAAAUCCUCAAACAUGUCGGUGGAGCAGUAUCGAAGAUUCCCUAUACUUCCGUGUUGUCCCGCAAAAAAGACGCUGUUCAAACCGCACUUGCCAUGGCCGGCGCUCUUUUCGUCAAAGGCGCCACACUUGACAUGGGUUCAAUCAACUUUCCAACCCCACUGGAGAGACCACCGCAAGUGCUUGUUGAUAUGCCACGUUAUUCAUGGAAUCAUUCUUCGAGAUUCUAUCAUGAGUCCAGGAUCACUAAGAUUCACAAGUUCCACGAUGUACCGAGACACGACCUCAUCGGUGUGCUUGCAGCAUACUCCAAUGAUUUCGAGCCAACUUGGAGAAAUGUGGUUCGAUUGGACGACCUUCCCUGGCUUAGGCAGUAUCAGAUGCAAGGAGUAACCAUUUUCCCCAUAUCGGGCUUUCUAAGUAUGGCUAUAGAAGCCAUGGCUCAGAAAGCAGUCUGUGCAGAUACGCACUGGGACACCAUUGAAAUCGAUAAUCUCGUCGUCAAGGCCCCGGUUAUGCUGACAGAAGAGCAAAUAGAAAUGACCAUAACAUUACAGAAGAACCAGAAUCAGCCUAGAAGCGAAACGUCACAACCCUUUGUCAUCCGAUCAUGGUGUCAGACCAAAGGCUGGAGUGAGAAUUGUACGGGAAGUAUUACUCUUGUUCACACCAAGGACAACGAGGUCGAUGGACAGCGAUCCCAAAAGCUGAAACGGCAAAGCCUUUACUCCAGGAGUGUAAACGUUUCCCAGGCAUCUACCAAAGGCAUUUCUACGAGCCAUAUGUACACCGAACUUUCCGAAAUCGGCGUCGCAUAUGGAACAUUGUUCCAAGGUCUUCGUCAUUGCCACACCUCCUCUCAAGGAUCAGUAGCCCAAAUAAUCAUGACAAACACGGCGUUGGAGAUGCCCCAUCACCAAGAGACAAGUUACGUCAUGCAUCCUGCAUUUAUCGAGCAGCUUAUCUCGGUGUACUGGCCUGUCCUUUCAGCUACUGGCCCUCUGAGCACGGUGCAUCUGCCGUCUUCUAUCGGCAAGGUAACAGUUUCUUCACGCACACUCAAAACUCUCCAAGCGCCCGGAGACUCUUUACAAGCCAUUUGCGAGCCGAUCCGGCCAGUGUUCGAUAACAAACCCAACACAUUCUCAAUAUUUGGUAUGGAUUCUACCGGUGAAGCCAUCAUUACUAUGGAAGACUUGUCAACAUCACCAAUCGUAGCGUCCAAAGCUGCUUCUGGAUUAGACGAGCCGCAUGAGCUUUGCUACAAGCUAGACUGGGAAACCAUGCCAGACUUGCAGAGUCAAAACAUCAAAGAUGACACCAGCAUGUCAACCUUCGACGCCGAGGUUGUCAUUAUCCACGGCGAUACCGAGCUACAGUACGCGAUCGCGUCAGCUCUUACGAGACGGCUGAUCACUACCUCCGGGGUGAAGAUCACGCAGGGAACUGUCGACACCAUGGCUCAUCAUGCAAAGAACAAGCUGUGCCUUGUCCUGACAGAACUGGACAGCCCACUACUGUCAACUCUCAGCGCUUCACAAUUUGCAGCACUUAAAACCAUGCUCACCAGUGCUGAAGGCGUUCUGUGGGUAGUUCGCAGUGCCUAUCAUGGAUCGAAGAAUCCAGAUGCAAACAUGGUCUCUGGUCUGAGCAGAACUCUGCGCUCAGAAGGUACUUUAGCGAAGUUCAUUACCCUCGACUUGGACGCUGGAGAACAACUGAAUUCGCUCGAAACGGUCUCAAACAUCACUCGUGUACUUCAGCUGACACUCGGUGCGCAAACCGAGACCAAGGAAACAGAGUUCCGCGUGAAAGACGGUAAGCUGUUAACACCGCGAAUCAUCAACGACGAUGAAUUGAACAACUACAUCCAUGAACAAGUCCACCCGGCAGCCACAGAGCUUGCCAGCUUCUGCGACAUCAAGAGACCGUUGCGUGCAUCCAUUACAGCACCAGGCGCAGCCGAGACUUUGGUGUUCGAUGAUGAUGACCGUCUGCAGCAGCCUCUCUCCGAAGACUAUGUCGACAUUCAGAUCAAAGCCACUGGUUUGAACGCAGCAGCCCACCUGAAAUCUUUUGCACUUGGUCUAGAAUGCAGUGGUGUUGUCACUGCAGUUGGGUCGAGCGUGCCUAACCUGCGCAUCGGCGAUCGUGUCGCCGCCAUCACAACAGAAGGAUCUUUGUCUACUAUGGUCCGCGUACACUCAAACGCUGUGUACAAGGCACCUGGACACAUUUCUUUCGAGCAGUUGGCGACCAUGCCAAUUGCAUACUGCACAGCAGUUUAUGCUCUGGAAAACCAAGCGCAGCUGUCCGAGGGCGAGAGCAUUCUCAUCCACGACGCUGCAAGCCCCGUCGGUCAAGCUGUUCUGACAGUUGCGCAAACAAUCGGAGCAUCCGUAUGGGUCACUGUGAAGACUGAAGAUGAAAAACUGUUCAUCAUGCGUCAGUUCUCCAUCGUACAAGACAAGAUCUGGUUCACAGGCGAUACGUACUUUGCCGACAGGAUCCAAACUAUGACGCAAGGACACGGCAUCGACGUCGUUUUCAACACGUUGAAAGAGCAACGUACGCUCUGCGCCACAUGGGCAUGUCUUGCCAGAUUUGGUCGCUUCAUCAGUGUGGGAAGUGAGCAAAACAUCGCAUUCAACAUGCCUGCGGACAAGAAUGCAUCGAUCUUCUCUACAGACAUGACAGCAAUUGCGCAACACCGUCCGCAGGUCUUGCACCGCGUGCUUGCAGACGUAGCGAGGAUGUCUCGGUCUGGGCAGAUCCAGCCUAUUCUCCGCAUCCGAUCAUUCAGUGCCUCGGAGAUGGUAGCGGCAUUGCAGCAUAUCUCAGCAGCGGAUUGCACUGACAAGGCUGUCGUUGUCCCUCAAGAUGGUGACCGCGUUGUGGCUCCACGUAUCAAGAAGGACGUCACACUCUUGCGAAAGGAUGCCACCUAUAUUCUUAUCGGAGGAACAGGCGGUCUCGGACGUAGCAUGGCCAAAUGGAUGGUGGAGAGAGGCGCGAAACACAUUGUGCUCCUCUCUCGAAGCGGUACCCUGAAAGGAAAAGCCGCCGAGCAGAUUGCUGCCUUGAAUACCGCUGGCGCCAACAUUAUAGUCCGCAGCUGCGAUGUUGCGAACAAAGCAGAUGUUGACAAUCUUGUCCUGAGAGGUCUAUCUGAUCUGCCGCCCGUCCGAGGUAUAGUUCACGGUGCCAUGGUCCUGCGUGAUGUUCUUUUCGAGAACAUGACGCACGAACAGUACACAUCCGUCAUCUCCUCCAAGGUACAGGGCGCCUGGAACUUCCACCAUGCGCUCGCCUCCACGGCUACCGCUCUCGACUUUUUCGUUGUCAUCUCCUCUGCCGCCGGCGCAGUCGGCAACCGUGGUCAAGCCGCCUAUGCAGCAGCCAACACGUUCCUGAACGGCUUUGCGCAGCACCUCCUCGCGCAGGGAAUCAACGCCGCAUCGCUCGACCUGACAGCCGUCUCGGACGCCGGGUACCUAGCCGAAGAUGCAGAAAAGGCAGCAGAAGUCGCGCGUAACCUCGGCAGCGACACGAUCUGCCUCGCGCAAGUGCUCGGUCUGCUUCAGGCUGCUGUCGAGGGGAAACUAAAGAGUUGCAAUGGCCAUCCCAUCACGGGAAUGCGCAUCACCCCUACCGUCAGACCAUUCUGGUCCACGGACCCCAAGUUUGUCCAUCUCCUCACCGCUGCAGAAGCUGCCUGCUCGUCUGACUCCACCACUGCAGUGGUGCCGUGGAGUACGCGCUUCCGCAGUGCAGCCUCGCGCGCGGAUGCACAGAUCGUUGUGUGCGCUGCGCUGGUCGAGAAGAUUGCUGACGUCGUGUCGAUGGAAGCUGAGGAGCUGGAUAUCGAGAGGAGUUUGAGCUGUUACCCACUGGAUUCGCUGACGGCGAUUGAAGUGAGAAACUUCAUUACCAGAAUGUUCGAGAGUAAUUUGCAGGUGUUGGAAUUGUUGGCCAGUGGGAGUAUCAAGAGUCUGGCGGCGGUGAUUGUUGGGAAGACCAAGGCUAAGCUGCCAGAGGCUUGAGCGAUGGUUU